AAAACCAAACAGAGCAGCUGGUCACAGACCUGCAAAAGCAGAUCACUCAGCUGGUGCAUUUACUGGAGCAGGAGAGUCUCAAGCAAAUGAGCAUUGAAAACAGGUUUCAGAAUGAAGGCAAGGAGGCGAGCUUGGUGCUGCAGAAAAAGCAUGACGGGGAACUGAGGAAAGUUGUGAAGCUGCAUACACUUGAAAUCAGGGAGCUGCAGAGCAACUUUGCAGAAAUACUGGAGGAAGAGAAGGAGAAAACAGAACAGCGGUAUUCUGACCUGACGAUUCAGUAUGAAACUUUACAGGCUGCGUUUGUAUCCUUUAAGGAAUCCAUCAUUCAGGAAAUGAAUGCAAGGUGGUCAGAGAAAGAAGCUGAACUCAGAGAAAACCAUGAAAAUGAAAUGAGAAAGGAACUGACUUUACAGAAGUACUCAAUUCAAAAUAACUGUGAUGAAGAGAAACAGUCAAUAAUAGGAGAUUAUGAAGAACACAUUGCUGCCAUCCUCGAUAAACACAGAGAAGAGAUGGAAGAGGCUGCGAAGCAGUAUAGUUUCAUUAUGGAAACAAUUGCGGAGCUGAACAAAGCAAGGCAAGAGAUCAAGGAUCUGAAGGAUCAGCUGGAACAGAAGUCCGAAGAAUUAAAGAAUCAGACUCAAUAUCUAAGUUUUCUUGAAUCACAGCUAGCAUCAACUAGAGCCAUUCUGGCUGAAAUCGAAGGAACCUAUAAGACAAAUAUAGGUGCGUUGAAGAAGGAAUAUGUGGUUUCCAUAAAAGCUUUAGAGGAUCAAAACCUCGACCUAAAGCAACUGUUUGCUGUAAAGGCUGAAGAAUUAUGCACCCUUAAGGCAGCAAUUGAAGAGAGAGAGAGACUAGACGAGCUCGAAAGGAAAGCGGGUUUCAGCAAGAACAUGGCACAAUCUUUGAAAUGAGCAGUCCAGCCAUGUCCGACAUAUUGCAAUCAGAAACUCCGUCAGCUUCUCAAUUAGAGAUCAUCAAACCAGGAGACUAGAACUUGUCCAUUUGUUUUGUGUAGGGAGCAGCUAGGAUUGGGUACAAAUCUACAGCUGUGGAGCAGAAAGCAGCAAAGAUCCUCCUUGACACUUUUUUUUAACAAAAAUUAAUGGGCUCAAAUGUAGAAAUGCUGACUGGCAGCAGUCUACUUUGGUCAAUAAAUAAAUUUGAACUUUA